CGUCUGAUGGAUCUGUACAGAAAAUGCAACAAAAAUAGAAAAACACAUAUAUUUGUGAAGACUUCUGGAAUUCAGAAAAUGAGCCACUGCAGAAAGUCUGAUAUGAUAUCCGGAUAGGAGGAGGGCUGAGAGGCGAACGUGCUGGUGAGAGGCCGCGAGCUUCGGCAGAGCCGGGGUUAACAGGCGCCGGGGCAUUGGAGAGCAGCGCAUUCUUUCAGAAUAUGUGCAGCCUGCCGGCCCACUCUGCUCUUUGACUCCAAUGUCCAUAUAAGGCGGGCGGCACCAUGGCAACUGAAGAGCUUGAAUAGUAGUGUCAAAUCCCCUAGCAGACAGACACAUGCUCGCUCGCUCGCUCGCUCUCCCCCUCCCUUACCACGUGUAUGAGAAAGGAGGAGAGAGAGAAAGAGAGAGAGAGAGAGAGAGGGAGAGGGAGGGAAAGAGACAGAGAGAGAAAGUGAGAGAGAGACAGAGAGGGAACAGAGAGGCAGCAAAGAGGAAGCUAGCCAGCUGCCUGAAGCAACACGCUGCCGGAUGACUGAUGGCUGCCUGCCUUGUUUCAAGCUGGUAAAUUAAAUGAAUGUUUGCUGGAGCUGAAAAGAGGGGACCUGAAAAAGCUGCGAUUCUUCCCACAGACUGAGCACGGGGAAGGGAGGAAGGUUUAGGCCGCAAGCCGUUACUGACCGGCAGGCAGGCAGGCAGCAAGGGGCCAUGCAGGGACACCGGUGAAACAGGACCCCACCAACGGGGCAGAGGAGUUUUGUUUUUUUAAAUUCACUCUCCCAAAGCACAAAUCCAAAGGCGCAGGAAGGAGAGACAUCUGGGCCGUUUUUUCAUAACAGGCAGCAAAGCCGAUACUUCCGUGAACUUGGGUCCUGUUUUAUGGCGUGAGAGCAGAGGCGGUGGCAGAGAGUGCUGCCCGCUUUCUCACCAGUCGCUUCUCCUUCUUGUGCCGCCUUCAGCCCGGACAUCACAGCACCGCUGCUUACUUCCACUCUGCUGACCUGGAAGACUGUUUCGCAAAGGAGAACAGGAACUGCUGCCCAGAGGAAGUCUGGGAAAGCCACGUGUUAAUCCGGCGCUCAGAACACGCUGCGUCUUAGUCUGCCAUUGGUGGAAGUUUUGCUAGGUACUAUGCAGCAUCAGCAAAAAUCAUUCAUUGCACCUUGAAGUUCCCCUGACUCGCCGAUGUACUUCUUCUGAUAUUCAUGUUUCAAGACUCUCCUCUGUUAUUUGUGUCUGACUUUUGGGCAGGGCAGUGACAGUGCAGAUACCAAAAACAGAGCUCAGUAAUAACUGGUUGAACUGGUUUAGGAAAGGGGGGCUUUUCUUGCUUGAUUUGUGAGCGCGUGGCCAGCGUCUGUCUGCUUCCCCAGCACCUCAGCACAGACACACAGUCACUGCUCCACAUCCGAGAGGGUCUCUGCUCCCAUUCCUGGGCUCAUGUGGUGAUUAAGGAGACUUUUUUUGGAAAUGCUUGACUGUGUUUAAUUAAUUUUUUCCAUUGGGAAGAGCAGAUCAAACUGUAGUCCCGUCCACGCUGGUCUGCAGUCGUUGGAAAGACUGUGGUAAAAGCUCAAGAGGUAACUGAGUUUAUAGAGAGGAAGUAGGGGAAGAAAAGGAGUGCUUGGGGAGUGAGGCUGCAUGACCCGGUGGCAGAGAAAAUGCCAAAAAUCAACAGGAAAAAACAUUAGCUUGACAUAGUACUUUGUUGUUGUUUUUGUUUUACUGCUGAAGUGGUUGACUUCCCACCAAAAAUCUUUUUCAUCAUUUCAGUUUUUUUUUUUGUAAUUUUCUUGGCAUUUGCAAAAUCUGACUGAUGCAUUAAGUAACAUUUAAUAACUGGCUUAGUUUUGGAUACAUUUCUCAGUAGUGCCCCGUUAUAUCAGUGUUCUGGGUGGUCUGGAACCGGGGGUGUUUGUUCCCUGGUUCCUGGAUCGGCCUGGAGCCUCAGCAAUGGCCAUGGUGAGCGGGGGGUGGGGCGAUCCCAACGGGGACACCAACGGACUGGGGGAGAAAGGGUACCUGAGGACUGACGAGGAUGACGGUUCACCCCAGGCGGGCAGCAGCGACGUGGAGGUGGGGGAGGAUGACAAGGCCUGCUCAGUGGACUGUGCAGUCUGCGGCGACAAGUCCAGUGGAAAGCACUAUGGCGUGUUCACCUGUGAGGGCUGCAAGAGCUUCUUCAAGAGGAGCAUCCGGCGUAAUCUCAGCUACAGCUGCAGGUCCAAUCGAGAAUGCCAGAUUGACCAGCAUCACCGUAACCAGUGCCAAUUUUGCCGGUUGAAGAAGUGCUUCCGUGUCGGAAUGCGCAAAGAAGCAGUCCAGCGUGGACGCAUUCCUCCAUCGCACUCAGGAAUCAGUCCUACAUCCCUGCCGGGGGGUGGUGGUGGAGUCAGUGGAGUAGGGGGCACUGGAGAGCUCUUCAACGGGCAGCCGGUCUCAGAACUCAUCUCCCAGCUGCUGCGGGCCGAGCCCUAUCCCAGCAACCGCUACGGGCCCCAGUACGGCCAGCAGCAGGGGCAGGUGCAGGCCGGCGGACCCGUCAUGGGCAUCGACGGCAUCUGCGAGCUGGCGGCGCGGCUGCUCUUCAGCACCGUCGAGUGGGCGCGCGGCAUCCCCUUCUUCCCCGAGCUGCCAGUGUCGGAGCAGGUGGCCCUGCUAAGGCUCAGCUGGAGCGAGCUCUUCAUCCUGAACGCAGCACAGGCCGCCCUGCCGCUGCACACGGCCCCACUGCUGGCCGCCGCUGGCUUCCACUCGUCACCCAUGUCAGCCGAGCGCGUCGUGUCCUUCAUGGACCAGGUGCGCCUCUUCCAGGACCAGGUGGACAAGCUCACGCGCCUGCAGGUGGACUCUGCAGAAUACAGUUGCCUCAAAGCCAUCGCCCUCUUCUCCCCUGACGCUUGCGGCCUGACGGACCCCGUGCACGUGGAGAGCCUGCAGGAGAAGGUCCAGGUGGCGCUGACGGAGUAUGAGCGGGCGCAGUACCCCAGCCAGCCGCAGCGGUUCGGCCGCCUGCUCCUGCGCCUGCCCGCCCUGCGCGCUGUGCCCGCCUCACUCAUCUCCCAGCUUUUCUUCAUGCGGCUGGUGGGCAAAACGCCCAUUGAGACGCUGAUCCGUGACAUGCAACUGUCCGGCAGCUCCAUCAGCUGGCCCUACGUUCCCGGGCAGUGAUGGCGCUGCCUGCGCAGGGCUCUCCCUCCAAGCGACCCAGUAUUACACCCUGAACCCGUCCCCCCUCAUUGGAUCCCCUCUGUUUAGCAGGCUCUCCGCAUGCUUACGUACGGUCUGCCGUACGUAACGUCAGCGUAAUGCUAGUCCACUUAAAGGACCUGGCCAAACGCCUGAAAUGACAUGCGGUCACACCGCGAUGACAGUCACAUGUGCGUCUCACACUGGAGCCCAGACGGUGUCGGUAAUGGUGAUGGGCGGGAGUACGUGCCACGUAUUGGUUACGUGACUUCAGCUACCAGCCGCGCGGUAAGAUUCGAGGAAGUCUGGGUUUUGCAGGCAAGUUUUCCAGAGGGAAAACAAAAACAUUUACAAUACAAACUUUCAAAUAGUGAAUGAUAACCUCCCACAGUUUAUAAAUAGAUUUUGUAAAAGUAUGUUUGUCUGUUAUGCUUUAAAUUUUUCCAUCUAGAUGUUCUAGAUUUACGUUUAAAUGCCAAAGAUCUGACUACUCUAUUGUUAACUUUAUUACUAAAUAUAAAAAAAUCUUUAGAAGACUGAAGACAACCAUUUCGUUUGAAUCAUUAUGAAAAUCAUUACUGCAUUACUUGAAAUUUUUGUGCACACUUAUAAUGCCUUUGUUUGUGGCAUAAUUAUCAUACUGUAUGAUCUUAUCUAAAAAACAAAAAGUAUUUUAGUGUCCAUAAAUAAUAUGGAUCAUACAUAACUGGUGUUCACCUGAAUUAACAUUAAACAAUGCAUACUCAGUAACAUGUCUUGGUUGAAAUUACAGACCAAAAUUACUGAGCUGAGAUCAGUAAAAAAUGAGUCAACUAGAAUUUAUUUUAUCAGUUAAUAGUAUUGGAAGUAUAAUCUGACCUUGUAGUACAAACGGCAUUAAUUUGACAUGCAGUACUGCUUCCUGGGCUGUAGGGGGAACCAAAAAUAUGGUGCGUUGAUAAAGUUUUACUGUCCCAUGCAUAUAAGUGCAUAAAAAAUCAGCAAAUCUCAGUGUAAAAAUGAAUUUCUGUUUGUGUCCAGUUUACCAAAGGCUCAUUCCUUCAAAUAUGCCAUAAAUUAGUUGUGAUUUCAUGCACUUGUAUUGAUUCAUGCAUUUCAAUGUAUUUAACGAAUUAACACUUGCAUUUUGUUAAUUCUUUCACUGUAGUAAAUGAUCUGUUUUAGGGGCCAGUGUGGUCCUUCCAACAGCAUUUUUUAACAUAUUUAUUUCAGGGAUCCCGGUUGUUGUUUAUUCUUUGUUUUUAUUCUUAUUUAUUCAGAUUAAAAUGCACAGUUAAUAUGACCAUUUCCCGGGUUAAAGUGAAAUAAGCAUUAGCUGUCACUGCCGAUGGCCUUUUCCUACUGCUGAUACUGGCAUUAUAUACAUGUGGCACAGAAACCAGUCACACAUUCUGUAGAAUAAAGAAUGGAUAUUA